AUGGCAUCAAUAUCGGGAAGCUGUAACUGCGGCUCCAUCACAGUCUCAUUGACUGCACUCCCCUCAAAGACGGUUGCUUGUCACUGCCUCAAUUGUCGCCGUGCCGGUGGGCCAUAUUCCAUCAACUAUAUCAUGGACGAGAGCGAGGUAAAGGUUGACGGUGCGCAGAGGGCGCUGAACGAGUAUGAAGACUACAAGACAGCCUCGGGCAAUUUGGCAAGAAAAGCGUUAAUCCAGAGGAAUUUCUGCAAGGCCUGUGGAAGCCCAAUUUACACGAUCGAUAUUACCAUGCCUGGAAAGUUGCUCAUCAAAGCGUCACUGUUUGAUGACAUUGUCGAGGAGAGAAUGGAUGUGUUUUUGGAUCGCAAGAUCCAAUGCCAAUUUGCAUCGCGGGAAACAAUGAGUUCGAAUGUCGGCCCUCGCGGAUUCAACGUCAUCCCGUAUGAAGACCCGAGAGACACCACACUUUCACAAGAAAACGCAAACAAUUCUCUCAUCAAAGAUGACGUCGCCACCUCUCAUGCGAAGUCAAGCGGCCACAAACCGCUCGAGUUUGUCUCGGUGACACCAGCAAAGCAAAAGGGCAACAAGGCAAUAUCGACUGUUGUCCGCACGCAAGUCAUGAAGGACUACUUUUGGAAACAAAGAAAUCCCGACAGCUCCGACCAGGCGGCAAGCGAGAAUCCCACGAACCCAUCUCAGUACAAGGGAAGAUUUCGACUCAACUCACAGCCCAACAAGACAAAGCCCAAAGCAGGCGUCAGGAAGGCGAAAAGUCGCGAGAAGACCUCUAAUGAAGUCGCAAGAGCGCAAAAGGGAAGGAUUCUGGUGCCGAGGGGUCCGAUAUCCGAUCCUAGCGUUUACGACCCGGACGGGUUCUUUGCGAGUACGCCUGCGGGGUUGUUGGGCGGGAGUUUGGAUCCUUUUAACUCGUUUUCGCUCAACUUGAAGCCGGAGAGUUUGAAGCUGAUUUACUAUUAUAAACAAAGCUAUUCCAAGGACUUUCUCGAUCUCAACAUAGGAGGCGGCUACUGCCUGUUCGAUGCUCGGGAACACCGGGCUCUGUUCCAUUCCAUUUUGUAUCUUGUUGCCCUCGACUUUAACCUCAGACGUGGCUUCUCCGAUGCCUUUGGGUGCCUCUAUCAUUCAUCUGAGGCAUUUCGGUUGAUCAACGAACAAAUCCAGAGCGGCACCUUUGAAGAUGCGACGAUAGCAUCGGUUGCAUUGAUAGGCGCCAAAGAAAAUCUCGCGGGCUUGUUUGACGUCUCAUACAUGCACAUGCAGGGCCUGAAGUACAUGAUUGAGAAAAGAGGCGGAAUCCAGAAUAUCAAGGGCCUUCAUCGCGGAGUAGUCAUUUGGGCUGAUUUCUGCAACUCGAGCGUUUGGAAUUGUCCGCCGCAGUUUCCGCAUACUUCCCUUUCCUCGACACAUGACAUCGAGUUCCCAUCCGAAACAUCAUCGACAGACGACCUCUCGCAAGACAAUCUCGAUGUUGAGUCGCAAAUCGUCUCCCUCGUGCAGUCUCUCCGCAAGAUAUCCGCUACAAAAGACGUACCGGGCCACAAAAAGACGGAAGCAAGCCGAGUAUACGGCACCGAGUACAAGCUCCAUCUUGUAAAAGCUAGUAUUGCCGAUCGCGGAGCCAGCAGCAGUGAAUUGGUUCCCCUGUGCGUUGCCUUGAACCUAUACCUCUACCUGGCUAUACGAGAGCUUCCUGCAAGAGCUCGGAUGAUUGAGCGCCUGAUUGAUCGGUUGCAAGCUACCUUCAAUCUGCAGCUCAUAGAGAAGCCUGCGUCGAAUACACAUAAGCAAAGCUGGAUAUUGUGGAUGUUAUUCAUCGGAUAUGCAGCAGCACUCGAAAAUAAACGACAAGAGUGGUUUGCGCAAAGUCUGAAAUCGCUCUACGCCAAGUCCAGCUUUCGGGACAUGGACCAGCUUCAAGUAACGCUCAAGAGCGUCUUGUGGCAGGAUACCUGGAGUGAGCAUUACUUCAAAAAACUCAGAGAAGAGACCGCUUGA